AUGUCAACCUUCUACCUCUGCUCGAAGAAUCACUCGAUAGUCGGCCAAAUGGAUACAUAUCUUGCCUUCCACCGAGAUAAUCGUCACCGAAAGACCGAAGACCACGAGAAGAACUUCAACCCAUCCUUUCCUUCCCGGCACAAUGUGUCCGAAGAGUCAGCCCGCCCAAACUAUGUGAACAACUCGCCCACGUCACCCUACCAUCUAGGCAGAGAUGUCCCCUCCGACGAAGCUAUCAACAAGAUCCGUACCGCGAACUCGGUCACUAUUAGUCCGGAGUUGUUUGAGAAGAUAUACCUCAAUCCGCAAAACGCCGUCAAAGGCGAGCUCCGGAACACAUUCGCGAACCCCACGCCGUUGGCACUCCUAGGCUUCUUGCUUAGCCUCAGCCCGCUUUCGUGCGAGCUCAUGGGCUGGAGGGGCGCCGGCGGAGAUGGCAUUGCCACUGUUGGCGCCUACUACUUCAUUGGAGGUUUUCUGAUGAGCCUUGGGGGUAUUCUCGAAUUCUUCCUUGGAAACACGUUCUCGUUUGUGGUCUUCUGUUCGUUUGGGGGUUUUUGGUUCACGCUUGGCUCGACACUGACACCAUCAUUCAACGCCUAUGGAGCUUAUGCGGCCGAUCCAAAUCAGCCCGCACAAGGACUCACCAGCCCCGGAUUCCACGCGAGCUUUGGCUUCUUCCUCCUCUUCAUGGGUCUCCUGAGUCUGAUCUACCUCAUCUGCGCACUUCGGACAAACCUCGUCUUCGUGGCCAUCUUCCUCGGACUGCUUCUUACUUUCGUUAUCCUAACUGGCGCAUACUGGCACACCGCAUUGGGACACACGGAAAUGGCAGAGCGAUUGCAGGUUGCAGCCGGCGCCUUUGGGUUCCUCGCAACUUUGGCAGGCUGGUGGAUCUUCUUUGCUCAAAUGCUCGCUUCUGUCGACUUUCCAUUCCAGAUCCCCGUAGGAGACAUUAGCCACUUGAUCACUCCCUUUAGCGAGCGUGUCAAGCAGAAGGAACGUUACCCGGCUUGA